GCGUAUUUGGCUUCUGCUGGAGACAAGACAAGAAAGAGAGCCUGCUGUUUGACAGAAGGGAUUUAUCUUCUAGCGAAAUAGUUUCGGGCUCUUUUUAUUUUUCUUUCUCUGUAUAAUAGCCCACCAUGGUCCUUCAGGAUCUUGGGCGGCGCAUCAACGCCGCUGUCAGUGAUCUGGCACGGUCCAACAACCUGGACGAGAAGGCAUUUGAUGAUAUGUUGAAGGAGAUCUGUGCUGCUCUGCUUUCUGCCGACGUCAACGUCCGCCUCGUCCAGUCGCUUCGGAAGUCGAUCAAAGCCAGCGUCAACUUUUCGUCGCUCCCUCCGGCCGUGAACAAGAAGCGGUUGAUUCAAAAGGCGGUGUUCGAUGAGCUGGUGGCAUUGGUGAACCCUCAUGCGGACCCGUACCGGCCCAAGAAAGGACGGCCGAAUGUGAUCAUGUUCGUGGGUUUGCAGGGUGCGGGAAAGACGACGACGUGUACCAAACUAGCGAGACAUUAUCAGAUGCGUGGGUUCAAGACCGCCCUGGUGUGUGCGGAUACGUUCCGUGCGGGUGCGUUUGAUCAGCUGAAGCAGAACGCGACCAAGGCGAAGAUCCCGUAUUAUGGCAGUCUGACACAAACUGACCCGGCCGUGGUGGCCGCCGAGGGUGUUGCCAAGUUCAAGAAGGAGCGGUUCGAUAUCAUCAUCGUCGAUACUAGCGGUCGUCACAAGCAGGAAGAAGAUCUUUUCACAGAGAUGACUCAGAUCCAGACUGCCGUCACCCCGGAUCAAACCAUCCUGGUGCUCGACAGCACGAUCGGCCAGGCGGCCGAGGCUCAGUCUGCUGCGUUCAAGGCGACGGCCGACUUCGGGGCCAUCAUUAUCACCAAAACAGACGGUCACGCCGCGGGAGGUGGUGCCAUCUCUGCCGUUGCGGCCACCCAUACCCCGAUUAUCUAUCUUGGUACGGGUGAGCACCUGAUGGAUCUCGAAAGAUUCGAGCCCAAGGCAUUCGUCCAGAAGCUGCUGGGUAUGGGUGAUAUGGCCGGGCUGGUGGAGCACGUACAAGCCGUCACCAAGGACUCGGCCGCCGCCAAGGAAACAUACAAGCACAUCUCUGAGGGCAUCUACACGAUCCGCGACUUCCGUGAGAAUAUCACCUCAAUCAUGAAGAUGGGCCCGCUUUCGAAACUCUCGGGCAUGAUCCCAGGCCUGUCAAAUCUGACCGCAGGGCUGGACGACGAGGAUGGUUCGCUCAAGCUCCGCCGCAUGGUGUACAUCUUCGACAGCAUGACCACUGCCGAGCUUGACGGCGACGGCAAGAUCUUCGUCGACCAGCCCAGCCGCAUGGUCCGCAUUGCCUUGGGGAGCGGUACUAGCGUCCGCGAGGUCGAGGAUCUCCUCUCGCAACACCGCAUGAUGGCGGGGAUGGCCAAGCGCGUCGGUGGACAGAAGAAGCAGAUGCAGCGCGCCCAAAACAUGCUCAAGGGCGGCAACAAGGAGCAGCAGCUCGCCGCCAUGCAGAAACGCAUGGCUGCCAUGGGCGGUGCGGGCGGCGCCGGCGGUUUCCCCGGUAUGCCGGGCAUGGGCGACAUGGCCAAGAUGAUGCAGAUGUUGCAGGGCCAGGGCGGAGCCGGCGGCAGUGGCGGCGGUGGCGGACUCCCCGGUCUUGGAGGAAUGGAUCUACAAAGCAUGAUGAGCCAAAUGAGUGGGUUGAUGGGUGGUAUGGGUGGUAUGGGUGGUAUGGGUGGUAUGGGUGGUAUGGGCGGUAUGGGCGGUGGAGGCGGUGGUCGGGGGAGGGGAAGAUAGACAAAAAUCGUUUACUUUCGACCCUUUCCUUUUGUUUGUCACAUAGUUUUAUCAUGUCUUAUUCGCUCUCCUUGGCUCUGCUUGCUGUGGUCCCAAGUUGAGCGUGGUUCAUGUCGGUUAGCAUUAGUCGGU